AUUAAACAAAAAGGACAAUACUUCUUUUAUCCAUACUCCCAACUCUCAGGAAAACCAUUUGGCCAAUGUAUCAAUUCUGCAAUAUUCGCAGUUCCCACUUGAUAAGUAUUUUGACGGAAUAUACAUGUUAGGUGUAUCGUUUCUCACAACGUGUGUACUGUGCUGAGUCUGGUGGACGUUAACACAGGAUUUUCAUUAAGGGAUGGGAACAGUUGAUGAUGCGAGAGGGAAUUUGACCUUUAUCAAAAAUUUGUAAUUCAUCCUUCAGGCAAAAGCUCAUAUUCUGCGGUCUCAUUUUCCAAAACUUCAACUGUAAUACAAUGUAUAAAAAACAAUGAUCUGAGGUCGGAGUCUAUGUGACGGUUCGCGAGGUUGGUCCAGUGAGACAUGCGAUCUCCGCGAGUACCUGCACUAUCGCCUUUUGCUUCUCUUGAUCGGGACUGCGCCUCCAUGACAACCUACAACUGUGAGCAGUGCUCAAAGGAGUUUGAUACAGUGCGCAACCUUGGUGCUCACGUGCGAAGAGAACAUGUGAACACUAUAUUUGUUGGAGAAGGUAACCAUGGAUCCAACUUAUGCGGUGGGCGCGUCCUAAGCUGGCUCCGUUUCAAACGAUAUCUUCUAUUUUUAGAGAAACAGGUUGUUCAGAAAACAGAAGUCGGCUUUCCCUGUCCCCUAUGUAAUGCCGUUCCGAUAAAUGUACGCAGAUUCCAGUACCAUAUUCGUCAGUAUCACGAUUUGCGUUCCACCGUCAGUAUUUCCGGGGAGAGGGCUGAAGAAGAAGAAUACAGUGGAUCUGACGACGAAGACGACGACGACGACGACGACGGAUUACAAGGGCCGCCAAACGACGCAAAACACUCGGUUACAAUGAAGCGGUUUGGGUCUCCUCCGACGCUGCACUUGCCACCGAUCAAAUAAAGAAGGAGCGACUGAUGUUGGCGGAGCUCGGUCAUUGGACCCCGCUGUGGUAUUCU